CUGCCAUUUUACACAGGGACAGCUAGCUAAACCUACAAAGUGAUUGACCACAACUUAUUGGCCUAUAGUAGUAAACUUGUUUUUCCAGAAGUACAGCGUGAACAGCGGUAAACUGUAACCAAUCAUCCAACACGGCUUUUUGUUUUCAAGCACGAGUCAAAUAAACAGUGGCGUAAAAAACACGGAGGUAGUAGUGUAAGGCCCUGGAUGGAUAGCCUGGACCCCGAAACCCUGUAUGUGUCUCCAGAACAGACUGGACAGCCCACACUCCCCCUCCCUACCUUGGAAGUCUCCAACGUGGCACUAGUGGGCGGGAAGAAAAUGAAUGGGUCUCUGGACCAUCCCGACCAACCAGACGUCGAUGCCAUUAAGAUGUUUGUGGGACAGAUUCCACGGUCCUGGUCGGAAGAGCAGCUCCGUGAGCUAUUUGAGCCUUAUGGAGCAGUCUAUGAGAUUAAUGUUCUCCGAGACCGCAGCCAGAAUCCACCACAGAGCAAAGGCUGCUGUUUUAUAACGUAUUAUACUCGCAAGUCAGCCUUGGAAGCACAGAACGCUCUGCACAACAUGAAGAUUCUGCCAGGGAUGCACCACCCGAUCCAGAUGAAGCCAGCUGACAGUGAGAAAAACAAUGCAGUGGAGGACAGGAAGCUGUUUAUUGGAAUGAUCUCCAAGAAGUGUAAUGAGAAUGACAUCAGACUGAUGUUCUCCCCGUACGGACAAAUAGAGGAGUGUCGGAUACUUCGAGGCCCUGAUGGACUCAGCCGUGGUUGUGCAUUCGUGACAUUCACAGCCAGACAAAUGGCCCAGUCAGCCAUCAAGUCCAUGCACCAGUCUCAGACCAUGGAGGGCUGUUCAUCGCCCAUAGUUGUGAAGUUUGCAGACACUCAGAAGGACAAGGAGCAAAAGCGCAUGGCUCAACAGUUGCAGCAGCAGAUGCAGCAACUUAGUGCUGCCUCCAUGUGGGGAAAUCUCACUGGGCUCAACAGCCUGGGGCCACAGUACCUAGCACUCUACUUACAGUUGCUGCAGCAGUCAGCCUCCACAGGGAAUGCACUCAACAACCUGCACCCUGUUUCAGGUCUUAAUGCCAUACAGAACCUGGCUGCUUUAGCAGCAGCAGCAACUGCAACACAGGCCACGCCCACAGGCUCCAGCGCCAUGACAACAUCUAGUAGCCCUCUAAGUGCACUAACAAGCUCAGGCUCCUCUCCCACCUCCAGCAGCAACUCCUCAGUGAACCCUAUAUCUUCUUUGGGGGCUCUGCAGUCUCUAGCUGCUGGAGCUGGAGCCAGCCUCAACAUGGGCUCCUUGGCAGGCAUGGCAGCACUGAACGGCAGCCUUGGCUCCGGAGGCCUGUCUAACGGCUCAGGAAACACCAUGGAGGCCCUGAGCCAGGCCUACUCAGGCAUCCAGCAGUAUGCUGCUGCUGCCGCCAUCCCCAGUCUGUACAACCAGAGUCUGCUGCCCCAGCAGAGCGUGUCAGCUGCAGGCAGCCAAAAAGAAGCCAGCAACAGUCACAGCACCGGUCCAGAAGGUGCCAACUUGUUCAUUUACCACCUGCCCCAGGAGUUCGGGGACCAGGAUUUGCUCCAGAUGUUUAUGCCCUUUGGAAAUGUCAUCUCUGCUAAAGUCUUCAUUGACAAACAGACAAACCUCAGCAAGUGCUUUGGCUUUGUGAGCUAUGACAACCCCGUGUCAUCACAAGCAGCCAUCCAGUCAAUGAAUGGUUUCCAGAUCGGUAUGAAGAGGUUGAAGGUGCAGCUGAAGCGCUCAAAGAAUGACAGCAAGCCCUACUGAAGGUGCUGAGGCACUGCAGACUUAGCUAGGCAGGGUGGUGUUAUGGUAAGUGGAGUAUGAAUAACCAAGACUGGUCCACAGAAACUUGUCUGUGCAUUACAGGGUGAUGUCUGCUGCGCUGCCUCUCCUGGUCACUGUAACAUGUCCAGGCAAAGAGACACAUGAAGCUACAUGCAAGAGUUUUUGGGCUAGACUGGAUUCUUCCUGUGUUCUGUUGUGGUUUAUGCACUUUGUUUUCAUUUUAACAAAUAAGACAAACAGGUGUAUUUUAAUUUAAGUUGAAAUGUUAUCAGUUUGCUGUGGUACAUAAUAAACAUAUGAGUUAAUUGUUAGGAUAUGUUGCACUUUGACAGUCAGGUGCCAAAUCCAUUAGUUUUUACUUCCUGUUCCCCGCCACCGCCCAGACUCAGCUAAAGCUCCUGGCAGCAGGAAGCAGCUGCAAAAGACAGCUGCAUUUGAUUAGAAAACAGAAAUCGUCACUUUUCUUUUUACAUUUUCACAAACCAAAUGUGUGGUUUCCCCGACUUUUGUAUCAGUUAUCUGUAUUAUCUCUUGAAAUGGAAACCGUGUAUGUCAGAUACACCAAAAUUAGUUGUUAAAGUAACGUUCAGAAGCUCAGAUUGUUUUAAGGAGGAGCUCCACCAAAACAUGCAACUAUAUUGACAUAACUGUCCUCAUACUGAGUGUGUGCGUGGCUGUGUUUGUAAGUGUUAGUGUUGUGAGGGCACAGUGUUAAUCAGUGACUGCUCGUUCCUGUUCUCUGCUGUUUCAACUCUGAGCUAAAGUCACUGAAGUCAGAUUUAACCUCCAACCCACAAAUUCCCAAAACCCUCCCGCUGAUAGAACCUGGUGUCCUCUGAGCUCUGUGGUCUGACAGGACCCCCACCUGUUUGUGAGUUACACCUAAACACAAUGACACAUUAAUGCUUGUUUAUAUCCAACUGGUCAUCAUUAAAUGGAUGGAUACACAUCUGCACAUUGGUUGGGUUGUACAUAAACAUCGGCUGGAACUGAUUUUUGUCUGUUAAGCAGUUUCCUCAUUGCAUUUAUUGUAUUUUUUUAUCUGGAGGUUAGUAAAACAAAUUUCUAAUACUGUUAAAAUUGCAUGUAAGUAUAGACUAAACUGAAUACAGCAUGUUUUGGUGGUGCUCCUCCUGUGCUGCUGCACUCUGAGCGACAGUUUAAAGGUCAGCCGGAUGUGGCUGUGAAGCCUAAAUGCCAGUUGUAACUAGCAACGCAGUGAAGUUUGGCAUAAAAAAGCCCAGACAUCAUAGAUUUGAUUUUAGAGUCUGUCUAACGGAGAUUUAAUGCCUCACUGAAAUACACAUUUUAUGGUUUUAGUUAGUUUCGACUUUGAAUCCAGGUGAUUUGUAAAAAUUUAUCACAACCCUCAGCUACUGUCCUGCUAGUUAGCGGCUAGCUAAUCUACAGAGGGCUACACCACUAUGUCUCUCACUGAAUAUCUUCUGUGAUUGGAGAAUUCAUAUAAAUGUCAAAUUUGCUCAAGACAAACACGUUAGUUGCUUAGACUACCAGAAAAUCGUGUGUAUGUGUGUGUGUGCGUGUGUGUGUGCGUGUUUUUUAAUAGAACUAGGAAGCAAGACAAUUGUUGAGAUGUAUAUUUAAACUUAUGCCUUUUCUAUUUUUAUAUAGGUUUUAUACUUCCCCUGUGUGUUGGGGAACUAUUUAUUGCCUAAAUUAUUUAUCUGAAAUUAUUGAAAUUAUUUUGAAAGACAAAUGUGAAGUCCAACAACUCCAUUUGAUCUCCUGGUGUGUGUCCUCUCUUUGCCUGUUAAGCGUUGUUUCCUUUUUGGUGAUGUGUACUAUGUGUCAGUGUGGCAUGGACUGUGUGUGUAGGAUCCAUCAGUGCUGCUACAGAACCCCUCUCUGUCAUACAUGCCUCCAUCUGAAUAAAUCAUUUUCCAAAAACACAGGGAGCAUAGUUUAUUCUAUAAGUCCAUUUUAACGUGUGCCUGUGGGUCCUGUCUCUCUGUAUGAAUAAAUAGCCAUCCUAUAUGUGCUGUCAGCAGCUUUGCACCAGGUGAAGUCCUGGGUGUAUUUCUCGUAGUAUUAAAAGGGAUUCCAGAUCCAAGUCCAAAGACUGAGUCGUCUGUAGUGGGACGGUCAGACAGAUUCUCUCCCUGUUGCUGGGUCACCCAUGUCACAGCAGCUGACAGUCACUGUGUCUUGUGUGAUGUUGUCCCACUUACUUAAUGUUAUGUUGUUGCUGGAAGUUUCUUGGUAUGUUGUAUACUGUACAAAAAUCAUUCUCACUAUUGCACAAAAACCAUGAUCAUGUAUCAGGGACUUUGUCGUCAUAGCUGAUCCAGCUGUGUUGUGCUUUAACACCGCUGUUCCAUUCUGUCUCUAUAUAUCUAUAAGACAAAAUACAAGCUUUAUGGUUUGCACAGUGAAAAUUAAACAAGUCUUUAAUGAUGAGUAAUAGUGGGGAGGUCAUGAACUGGGUGACUGAAAAAAUGCUGCAGGAUGGAAGCAAAGCAUAAACUCCACUGUCAGGAUACACAGUUUACCACGUUACACAGUGUUACAGAUAAACAGGUGUUACACUGAUACAGUUACCACUAAGCUCAUACGUGUUUGUUAUGAAGUGAAACAUUAUAGCAGCUUUUGUUUUUUCAAGUGCACCACUGCUAUUAACACAUCAGCCAUUUAAGGGCAACUUCUCGAUGAUACGUUUUAUAAGUUAACAAGGAUCCCCUCAGUUCACCUCCACUUUUUGUCUCUAUAGUUCUUUUGUCUCAUACAGCCACUGAACUGGGACAUUUCUGCCUUAACGUUUUGUGCACGAGAGGUGCCCAGAAAAAACGUUGUUUAAGUUUUACUGUGGAACACUGGCUAAAAGUCUUGAACUGAAAGAGACAUAAAGUAAAAAAAAAAAAGAAAAAUCUGUUAAAAGACCAAAACCCUCAAUGUGUGUCAGUCCAUCUCUCAAUACUUUGUGACUUCCCUACUGUCUGUGGUUCUCAGCCCCAAGCCCAUUGAUUCCUAGUGAAGAUGUAAAUCUUAUACAAACCUCACAAAUGUUUAAAACAGGCUCAGUAAUUUCGUGAAUAGAUUUUGGCAGAUGUUACUCAAACAGGAGGAAAUAGUUUUUGUUCAGGACUAUUUUCAGCUGUGGAUUAAUCCACAUUUGUUGCUGUAGUGAGUGUUUUAGGCAGCAGCGCAGUGUGUAUGUGGGAAUUAGUCAUAAUAAACUACAGGGUGUGUGUUCAUAGUGAUGAACAAAUGUCUCACCCAGUGCAACAGUGUGUCUCACUGAUGAGUUCACUGUUGGAUCAGGUCUGUGUCGGAUUUGUUAACUAUAUAAAGAACGUCAGCAGACUUCUGCUUUGGAUUGUGGGUAAAAUUAACCUUUCAGAUAUAAAUCAGGAGACAUACCAAUUGCCAGUUGGAAUAUGAUAAGAACAGCUAUGUGUAAAUUGAAAGAGAAAGUUAACAUCUCUUAAGUACAAAUCAUGUAUACUUCCAAAUGCAUGCUGGGUAGUUUCAGAUGUAUUUUUGCUUCAGUUCUAGACGGACUUUGGUUUUCAUUCAUUUAUUUAUAGCAAUCAAAUCACAAACUAUAGAAAUUGCCCAUAUGGUUUAAUCCAACAGAAUGACCAUCAAGUCUGCUUUAAAGGAGCUAUUUCUAAGUUUUGCUAUUGCUACAUAGCUAAUGUUAGCAUUAGCAGCUGUUUAUUUACCAGUCUAGAAAAAAAACAUUGUGAGUUCAGAAUCAAACUUCAUUCCUUUGCUCACCAACAGCUGUCUCCAGAGGUGGAAACAAACACCAAUGUUAAUUCUUGUCUUUAUCACGUCUUUUCUUCUACUGAAGUUAGCAUGCUAACCAGCUAGCCCGGGCCCAUCUCGUCACUUUCCAAUAGCGACUCACUGUAGCCUCCAAUCUGGCCUGAAGAGAAAUCUCCAAUCAAAAGACAACUUACAAGUAGCCCCUAUAAUCUUUGUCAAAGUUUCAUUUUUUUUGAGUCAAUCAAUGUAGACUAUCGAUAUCAAUCUGUGAUAAAACGGUGUUACUAAGCAACAAAAAUGUAACUGUGACAAAAAUCAAUCAGUUGAUGCUCACAGGGAUUCGACUGCACAAUUCACAGAUUUCAAGAGCCUACUAAUAUAUUUUCGUAUCUUCAAAAAAAUGAAUGGUAACUAGUGACUAAGUGCUUUAUUAAUAGAUGAAGUACAUCCAGAAAUCUAAGAUAAAUUAAUGUCAUUUGCACAAUAGUUAAAUUAAAACUUGUUGUAUGGGACCCAAAAUACUUUUUUGAAAAUCCAAUUUGAAAACGGAUGAAGUCGCAUGUUGAAUGAAACAUUUUACUCUUUUAUAGCUUUUUUAAUUGCAUCAUUUACAUGCAGUAAACAGUUAAUGAUAACUGAUUAUGACAGAUUAGUUUUGGUCCUCUGGAGCCUCUGUAUGUGAUAAGCUGUUCUUCAUGCUAGACUGUAGCUGCUGAUCCAGAUCUCUGUGACCUGCAUGUUGUCACUGACUCUGCGCUGCCAUUUUAUUUAGGCUGUCUUAUGUGUGUGUGUUUUGCCUUUGUUGUCAUCCACCUUCAGUUUGUGGUAACACUCGUCCUCACUCUGUCCCUGUUGACACUGUUGACUGUUGAGUGUUUAGACUGUAAUUCAACCCCACACAAAGAUAAUCAUUCUUGGUUUCUUUUCUCUUCUCCUGUCUGUGUUCCAUUGCUGUUUAACCUAGGUUUGUCUCCCUGUUGUGUUUUUCUUUUUGUUUUUUCUAGAUCUCUUCCUGUUUGCCCUAGCAUGUUGAUGUGGCGUCACAGUUCAUCGUCCAGUCCUUGUGUUUCCUGCGCUUCUCUGAUGCUUCCAAUUUCACCUUUGACCUUGUGUUUGACAUUGAUGAAGUUUUGUUUUGUUGUUUCCUGUAUGUCCUCUGUGUUGUCAGCAGGGGCACUAGAAAGACUGCCACUGAAUAUGUUUGAAAGUCACAUUAGACUUAUUACAAGCAAAUAAGAGAAUCUAUUUUUCUAGAACUGACUCACAUAACCACUAGAUUUUUUGCGAAAUCAGUUUGAGUCUGAGCUUUAACUUUGUUUUUAUCUCCUGUGUUGUGGAGCAGUCCUCCCAGUGCCCCCCAUCCUCUGGUUUUGUUGUGGUUUUUUUGUGUGUGACAGCAGCUAAUCUGUCUCCAGACGAUGUUGUGCGUGAGUUCAUCUUUGAGAGUUCACAUUUUGAGUGAUGUUAUGAGGAGGAAGCAUUUAAUGUCAGUGUAAAAAAAAAAAAAAAAAUCAGUUUCUAAUUUCAGCCUGUCAACUCACCACCACAAUCUGCUCUCUCUCCUGUGUGGAAAAUUAGACAUAAAAUCCACAGGGGAAAGACUUUUGUCACGUUAUAUUUAGCCUCUAUGUUUUUUUUUUUUCUUUUAAUAUAUCCGCAGUGAAAUUCUUGGUAAACUGUGAUCUAGUUUGUGUUAACUUAAAAACAAAUAAACUGGUGCCAAAUGUUUUGCACAAUCAGUAUUUUCCCCUUUUCUUGGACUUGCUUCAUUUGUAAGAGCAGGUGUAGGUGUGGCAGGUGGCGUUGUGUACAGCAGGUUUAAUAUGUCGAGUCGACUGGCUGCAACAUUACAUUAGUUUUGUGUGGACCCAGAGUGCUCACACACCAAUAUGAAACUCAACACAAGUGACCUGUUAAAGCAGUAGUGUGUAUACUGUCUGUUUGUGAGUAUAAUCCCUACAGACCCACACUCAUGUAGGCUGCAGUCGGCCUGUUUUCCUGAGCAGUGGACCAACGUUGUGGCUUGUACCGAGUGUAAUCGAUCAUUCACCCACGUUCUCAUCCUGCUUGAAUAUUUGAAAAAUCCCACAGUUUCCUACAGAGACUGAAACUGAAAUGUAACUCUAAAUCCAUAGCAGGGUUCCUCGUCAGAAUCUUGUAACUUGGUACAAGUUGGGGGGAAAAUGGGAAGACAAGUUCAGUUGGUACAAUUUAAAUCAGUUAUUUCCUUCCUUUUCAGGGCAGCUUAGCAAAAAUGAAUAAUUUGUUUAUAGGGAACAAAACAAUUCAACAUGGAGAAUAAAAUCCCCAGUAAUAAUUUGUGACCAUAGAAUUACAUGGUGCUAUUCACAUGCAGUGUAUAAGUUAUUAACAUUUUGUGUAGGUUUAUUUUGACUUUGGUGCAUUUAUGGCCCUGAAAUCUGAAAAAAAACCCAAAAAGAUCUGUCGCAGAAAUCAAUCUUUAACUUUACCUGUGAAGCACCAAUCAGUAUCCCAAAUCAAGUAUAAGCUGAUUUUUGGGGCAGAAAAGAAAGCAGCAGAGGGACGGUAGCAAACAGAACAAGAGAAAAUAUCAGAAAUAGAAGAGGAGGAAUAGAGGAUUUGCAUACUUUCUAUUGUUCUAAAUUAUACUGUUAGUACAACUUUAUGAAUUAUAUUACUGGUCCAUAUCUGUGAGUGAAAUAUAUGAUGUGAACAAAUGUUCUCAUGUUUACUUCUAAAUUGUUCUGUGCCUAAAUAUCUAUUAUAACAAACUUUAGAUUAGAUUAACUUUAUUUAUCCCACAACUGGGAAAUUAAUUUCAGGAACUAAUAUUUUGAUUUAGUGCAGUAAAACAAAGUAACACAAACUGUCAGCAUUGUUUAAUACAAUUGUAGCUUUCCGCAGCACAUAAAGUGUCCUAAUUCCAAAUGGAAAAUUUAAUUCAUCUGAUCUUAUAAAAACACAUUUAAAAAAGUGAUAGAAUUUAGAUUUUCUCAAAUGUGAAAACUUUGAGCCACUCAGAUUCUCUCAGAUCACAGACAGAACCUUAUAAUCCAAAGGUCAUGAAAUGAAUACUGCAUAAAUAUUUAUUAACUAAACUUGAACUCAAAUAACAGUCUAAGAUCUACUGUAAAUCUCCCCAGAAAUCUUAUUAGGAAAUGUAGUUUUAUUUUUAAGAAAAAAAUGUUGCAGAAUAAUCUCCAAACAAAUAUAUCAUAACAGUGUUUCUAGUAAUUAAUAAAAUGACUAUAUACUCUCACCAGUUCCUCACUUAGAAGAACAUCACCAUGUUUUCCUACUAAUCAUUUCUUAAAUACAAAAAUUGUCAGCAGUCUGUGUUAUGAUCAAAAUAAAUAUAUAAAAAUGAAUAAAUAUAAUAAACAAGCAGACUGAUGCAACUAGUAGUACCAGCCUCAGUUUUUGCCAGUUUACUCUAAAUCAUGUGUUCAAUCACCAUGGUAAAGUGAUUGUAAAGUGUAUCAUCAGCUCAUCCAUCACAUCUGUUUUAACGGCUGUGUGAGUUCUGAUGUUCAGUAAUGUAGAGAAACCAUGUUUCUCUCACAACACAGUGUUAAAACCAUGUCAGCGACAAUAGAUGCAGCCAGAACGUCCAGUCAUUGAUCGCAUAACUCAAGCGUGUCAGAUGUCUCAAUACAUUAACUUUACCUGUUACCUGAAACGUGGAAAAACUACAGAGGCCUGGAAGGGCCACACAGGUAAAUAUUACAGAUGAGAAAGGAAAACUAAACUUUUGUGCUCUGGUGAGCGUUUGUUUCUCAAGACAUAUAUUACUCCUGUUCUCCCAGCAGCAAGAAAAAACAUGAAAACUAAAAAAAACUAUUCAGGAAAAGAAGUGCACUAAUUAUAUAUCAAAAUUAUAUUCAUGCACUUUAUCCUCACAACCAUUAGACCUAUGAUACACUGUUUACUGCAAAACUCCUCUUUCCAAAUAAUGCAUACUAACGCACGAUACUUUUGACUUGCACGAUGUCCUGACACUGACAUUUCAUCUGUACCUGUUUUAGAUGGACAGUUCCUUCAUAUCAGCUGUACACUGUAAGGAGUACUUCCAGUAUUUGUUACUGCAAAUAUUAAGAUGCAAACUCGAGUCCAACCAAUAUAUGGGCUAGUUUUAGUUUUUAGUUGUAUUUUUAACACUGUGAAUGUUCCACUCGGUACAUGAUUUGGUCACAAUCGUUUCAUGACCAAAUUUAAAGGAUCUUUUUUAUCAAAAAUGUUUGUUUAUUUUAUGGAAUUAUAUUAAAAAGUGCAGUUUAGUUAUAUAUAAACAUAGUUAGGAGUUAGAUUUGACUGAUGUGGCCCUUUGAUUCAGUCAUUAAAGAUAAAUAGUUAAUACGAGGAGAGGCGUUCUACUUUUCACACCUUAAAUGAGUCAAGUUGGCGAGGUAAAUGAAUGAUGGGUUUUUGUGAGUGAGUGAAGUCUGUGUUGUGCGCUGUGCUCCCACUGCUUCUGCUUCAUUUCAGUGGGUCUUCCUCUCAUGUAACAGGGUUGGAUUCAGUAUUAUACAGUGUUCACUUUUGGAUAAUCAACAGCGAGCGUGUUCCUGCACACUGAGACUGAAACUGUUUUAAGGUAAAACCUCUGACCAAACUCCUGAUGAAGCCUUUUGAAGUAUUUCUGUGAAGUUGCCUUUUGCUCCAUUGCACUGAAGUAAAUGCAGUUUGUUUUUGUUCUUGUUUAGUUUUUUAGUUUUUUUGAGUUUCCCAUUGUUUCGAUUGUAAUGUGAGACACUGCUGAAACUAACCCCCUGUUAGUUUUUUUUUCUUUAGGUUGGAUCUAUGUCUCCACUGUGUGGGUUGUUUUUAAGGUUUGGAUCUUUGCUUUCUGUGCCACAUGAAGCUGCAGUGAAUCCAGCUGUCAUGUCUGUGAGCCAGCUAUGUGACCCCUGUUGAUUGGUUGGUUUGGUUUCUGUCCAAAUAAAACGUUUGAGAAACAUU